GUAAAUUGUACAAAUCUUAAUAAUAAACAAAUUUAAUUACUAUAUAGCACAGAAGAGAUAAAAGCAUUUUACAUACUUAUCUAUGAAUAAAAGUUUGUACUGUCUAGUCUUUAGUCAGUUACUCGGUGAAGUUCUUUAAAUUACGUGUUCAACAUUGAACUUGGAGUUUAAUAUAAAAGUGAUUUAGUAAUUGUAGCACGACACGACUAUGUAGCUUGUUGUUUAAUGAUUAUCAUUAAUGUACAAUAUUAAAUACUAUCUAGAUUUUAACUAGUCUGAUAAAUAUUUCGAUGCUUGUUGUAUUAAUUUAUUGUCCACUCUGAAAAUUAAAUUUUGAAUUGUUUAGUUUCAUAUACUUUAUAAUGGCUGAUUCGGGACAGUUUAAAAAAUUUAUUGCUGAGCAAAAACUUAAGGCAUUUUCAAUUGGCGCAAUGGGAAAAACACAGCCGUCCAAGAAAGAGCUAAAUGAACAAAAAAAAAAAGAAGAAGAGCAUGCUGCUGCCCAAGCUUUUGAAGAAUUUGUAGCAACUUUCCAAAAUGAAGGGAAAAAAUCUAGUAAAGUCUGGGUUAAAGCUGGAACGUAUGAUGCUGGGAAAAGACAGGAAGAUACUCGCGAUAAAGGUAAAUUAUACAAACCACAAGCAAGAGGAAACACAGACAAUAGUGAUAAAGAUGAUCUAACCCGAUUUAUGGGUGAACGAAAAGCAGACAGGUCAAUAUCAAAAAAAAAGAGAGAAGGUGAAAAAAAGAAAAGCAAUCUGGAACUAUUUAAAGAAGAACUUAAAAUGAUUCAAGAAGAGAGAGAAGAAAGGCACAAAUUUAAAGGUGUCUUGCAAAAAACUAUUGAAGAUCCAGAGAUCAAAAACUUGAUUAUGGUUGAACCCGAUGAAAUUAAAGGUUCAUUUGAUUCUGGUGAUCCAAACACAACAAAUCUAUACCUUGGAAAUUUAAAUCCUAAAAUUACUGAACCUCAAUUAAUGGAAGUUUUUGGAAAAUAUGGACCAUUAGCUAGUAUUAAAAUAAUGUGGCCUCGCUCUGAUGAAGAAAAAGCUAGAGGUCGAAAUUGUGGCUUUGUAGCAUAUAUGAGUCGUAAAGAUGGUGAAAGAGCAUUAAAAAAUUUAAAUGGUAAAGAUGUUAUGUCAUAUGAAAUGAAAAUGGGUUGGGGAAAAAGUGUGCCAAUACCCCCCCAUCCUAUUUACAUACCACCAGCACUAUUAGCAAUUACAUUACCACCUCCACCUUCAGGAUUGCCAUUUAAUGCCCAACCGAUUUUAUCUUUUAAAGACAAAAAGAGUCAUGGACGUUUUCGUCAAGAUGGAGGAAAUUUUGACAGAAACCAACCAUUAGAAAAGAUUUUACCACAAACAAUCAUUAAAGUUGUUAUACCAACAGAAAGGAAUCUUCUGAUGCUAAUACAUCAUAUGAUAGAGUUUGUUAUACGUGAAGGUCCUUUGUUUGAAGCUAUGAUCAUGAAUAAAGAAUUAAAUAAUCCAACAUUUCAAUUUUUGUUUGAUAAUUGUUCCCCGGCUCAUUUAUACUACAGAUGGAAAUUAUUUUCUAUGUUACAAGGUGAUGCUACUAAAGAAUGGCGCACUGAAGAAUUUUGUAUGUUUAAAGGUGGAUCAGUAUGGAGACCUCCACCUAUGAAUCCGUACACAGCUGGUAUGCCAGAUGAGUUACUUCCCGAGGAAGAUUUAAUAAUGAGAACAAAAGGGACCUUAAGUGUCUCACAAAGAGAACGUUUUGAAGAACUUAUUCGAAAUAUGACUCCUGAUCGACUUAAAGUAGCUGAAGUUAUGGUGUUUUGUGUGGAACAUAGUGAAGCAGUAGAAGAGAUAUGUGAUUGUAUUCAAGAAUCCCUUUCCAAUAUCAAUACUGCAUUACAUAAAAAAAUGGCCCGAUAUUAUUUAAUAUCUGAUGUCUUACACAAUUGUGGCCUUAAAGUUAUAAAUGCUACACAUUUCAGAAGAGGAUUUGAGACUAGAUUAAUUCCUAUUAUGGACGAAGCAUUAAAAACCUACAAGACUUUAGAUUCAAAUCAAGCGGCAGGUUUUAAAUAUCGUAUGAUGCAAAUGUUUCAAGCUUGGGAAGAUUGGGAUGUAUACCCAAACGAAUUUUUAAUUAAAUGCCAAAACACCUUUCUUGGAAUUUCAACAAAUGAAUUAUCCCAAAAAAAGUCAACAAUCGUUCAUGAAAAAUCAAAAUACGAUACAAAUUCUAGUUUUAAAGCUAAUGAUGUGGAAAAUAUAGAUGGUGCUCCUUUAUCAGAUACUGAUAAUUUAGAAAAUGAGGACUUGGAUGGUGUACCAUUAGAUGGUGCUACACUACUUAAGCAUGUUUAUGAUGAUACUACACCAGGCGAUACAGAUAUUGAUGGUGUACCAUUGAUAGAUGAAGAUAUUGAUGGUGUACCAUUAUCUAGAGAACCUUUAGAAGAAAAUAUAAAGGCAGCCGCAUUUGUUCCCUCCAGAUGGGAAACUGUAGAUCCUCAUGAAGCAGAAGAGCAAGCAAUGACUACUAGUAAAUGGGAAUUACAUGAAAGAGAAAAUAAAAUUGAAAUUGGGGAUUCAGCUCGAUCUCUAGGUCAUGAUUCACAAGAUGAUGAUGUUAAUGAAACAAGAGAAAAAGCUGAUGAUCGUAGAGCAAAGUUAAGGGAAAUAGAGCUAAAAGUUAUGCAGUAUCAAGAUGAACUUGAAUCUGGUAAACGAGCUUUAAAAGGUGGUUGGAAUAUCUAUCAACAAGUAGAACAUUAUAGACGAAAAUUACUGAAAAAAGUUAACAAGUCUCCUGAAAAAGAAUUGAAAUUCGAAAAAGAAAAAAAAGAUAAAGAAAAGACAAAUAAAAGAUCAAGUCCAGAUGACGAUUUUCGUGAAAGUAAGAAAAAGAAGAGAUCUCAGAGCCCUACACAUAGUCCUGCUUAUAGUAAAUGGUCAUCUCAUAGUAUAAGAAGUGAAAGUCCAAGUCCACCUCCAAGGAAAAGAUUAAAUUCUCCUCAAAGGAAUAGCAAAAAAUCAAGAGCAUCUCCAAUUGAUUCACCUCGCUCAAUAUCAAGAAGAAGAGAACGUGAGCGAGAAGAAAGACAUGGUCACAGGCACAAAAGAUCCCAUUCACGUUCUCCUUAUCGUCACCGAGGUCGAACACCUCCAUCACCUUUGUCACAUUCGUCCAGAAAACAUAAACACAAAUACUAAAUGGUUAAUGUAUUUCAACUUGCCCUUAAUAUUGGGUUGGUUAUAAUGUGUAUAUUAUAUUAUGAUGUAUGGUAGGUAUGUGACAUUUUUGGCAAUUUGCUUAAAUAAAAUCAUUAAAUAAAUCUCUAUUAUUUACUUUUAAGGUUUACAUUAAAAUUGAGUAUUAAAUAUUAAGUGUUCACUGUUUUCUGAAGACUAUGUAAACAUUGAAAUUAUAAUACAUUAACAUUCAUUAAAAUCGGCU